AAAGUUGCUAUUCUGUGAUAAUGUUCGCGUCUCUUCGCCGUUUACGAUUUUUUCUUGUUUCUCAAUCCUGAAGGCCGAUCUGCCUAGAUGUUCGUAUUUUGAUUCUUGCCACGGCCGCUCUCUCCCCUCCAUCGCCGUCUACCCGCCAGAGCCACCGCCAUUCCUCUCGCAAAAGCAGCCAGCUACCGGCCGGUCAAUCCGAGGACGAUCUGUCUGUGAUUUGGAGGUUCUCGGAAAAUCCCAAUCUGCAAAGUCUUGCUACCUAAAUCAGCCAGACUACUCAUCCAUCCCAGUUUUUGAAUCUUACUGCCAAUAAAAACUUGAAGACUGGUGAACUUUGAGAGCAUGGAAUCAUCUGUAGGUUCCCUAAGGGAUACAUCUGUUGUUGUUGUCACGUUGGACUCAAGUGAAGUGUAUAUUAUCGUCAGUCUGUCUACUAGGACUGACACACAAGUUAUCUAUGUUGAUCCUACGACUGGGGAACUUUGUUAUACUUCUAAACAGGGUUAUGAUGUUUUCAAAUCACAAAACGAAGCAUUAGAGUGCAUCACAAAUGGUUCAAAAUGGCCUUGUAAGAGUAUAACACAUGCUCGGGCACUCUUAGGCUAUGCAGCCCUUGGCAGCUUUGGGUUACUGCUUGUUGCAACUAGGUUGACAGCCAGCAUUCCAAAUUUGCCUGGUGGAGGAUGUGUUUACUCAGUAACGGAGACCCAAUGGAUUAAAAUUUCCCUUCAGAAUCCUCAACCACAAAGUAAAACCGAAAUGAAGAAUAUUCACGAACUAACUGAGCUUGACAUUGAUGGGAAGCAUUACUUCUGCGAAACUAGGGACAUAACUCGGCCUUUUCCAAGUCGUAUGUCAGUGCACAAUCCUGAUGAUGAAUUUGUAUGGAAUAAAUGGUUCGCUAUGCCUUUCAGGAAGAUUGGGCUUCAGCAGCAUUGUGUCAUUCUUCUGCAGGGAUUUGCUGAAUGCAAAACUUUUGGUAGCCUUGGGCAGCAGGAGGGGGUUAUUGCACUUACUGCUCGUCGUAGUAGAUUGCAUCCCGGAACGCGAUACUUAGCCAGGGGUAUAAACUCAUGUUACAGUACAGGCAAUGAAGUUGAGUGUGAACAACUUGUUUGGAUUCCCAAAAAAGCUGGCCAAAGUGUUCCUUUCACCACUUACAUUUGGCGUAGAGGCACCAUUCCUAUCUGGUGGGGCGCUGAGUUAAAACUUACUGCUGCUGAAGCAGAAAUUUAUGUAUCAGAUCGUGAUCCUUAUAAAGGGAGCUCGGAAUACUAUCAGAGAUUGUCUCAAAGGUAUGAUGCACGUAAUCUGGAUGGAGCUGUUGGUGGGAGUCAGAAAAAAAGUGCUUUGGUUCCAAUUGUUUGUGUGAACUUACUAAGGAAUGCAGAAGGAAAAUCUGAAUCUGUUUUGGUUCAGCAUUUUGAAGAAUCAUUAAACUAUAUUCGUUCCAUGGGGAAACUUCCUUAUGCUCGAAUUCACUUAAUUAAUUAUGAUUGGCAUGCUAGUGUAAAACUUAAGGGUGAACAGCAAACAAUUGAAGGACUAUGGUAUCUUCUUAGAGCACCCACAGUUUCUAUUGGCAUUUCCGAGGGGGAUUAUUUACCCUCUCGUCAAAGGAUUAACAAUUGCAAAGGUGAAGUAAUCUGUAAUGAUGACUAUGAUGGUGCCUUUUGCAUAAGAUCACACCAAAAUGGAGUGAUACGUUUCAAUUGUGCGGAUUCUUUGGAUAGAACAAAUGCUGCGAGUUUCUUUGGUGCACUCCAGGUUUUUAUGGAGCAAUGUAGGCGGUUAGGCAUAUCACUUGAUAGUGAUGUUGCAUAUGGUUACCAAGCACCUGGUAAUUUUGGUGGCUAUGUUGCUCCAUUGCCUCCUGGCUGGGAGAAGCGAUCUGAUGCUGUGACUGGGAAAACAUAUUAUAUUGAUCACAACACUAGGACGACAACCUGGAAUCAUCCUUGUCCAGAUAAACCUUGGAAAAGGUUCGACAUGACCUUUGAUGAGUUUAAGAGAUCAACGAUCUUGUCACCUGUAUCUCAAUUAGCUGAUCUUUUCUUAUUAGCGGGUGACAUUCAUGCAACUUUAUAUACGGGUUCCAAAGCCAUGCACAGCCAAAUACUUAGCAUUUUUAAUGAGGAAGCUGGAAAAUUUAAACAGUUCUCUGCUGCACAGAAUAUGAAAAUCACCCUGCAGAGAAGAUAUAAGAAUGCAGUUGUAGAUAGCUCCCGUCAGAAGCAACUAGAGAUUUUUCUGGGGCUAAGGCUCUUCAAGCAUUUUCCCUCAGUGAUUAUCAAUCCCUUGCAUGUUCCUUCUCGGCCUUUUGGAUGCUUCUUGAAGCCAGUUCCGAGCAUGUUUGCAUCUUCUGAUGGGGGAGCCAGUCUUCUAAGUUUCAAAAGAAAAGACCUUGUAUGGGUUUCUGCGCAGGCUGCAGAUGUGGUUGAGCUCUUUAUCUACCUUUCCGAGCCUUGUCAUGUUUGUGAGCUUCUUCUCACUGUAGCACACGGUGCUGAUGAUACUACUUUCCCAUCAACAGUUGAUGUGAGGACUGGGCGCUAUAUGGAUGGACUCAAACUCGUUCUCGAGGGAGCCUCUAUACCUCAAUGUGCGAAUGGUACAAACAUUUUGAUACCAUUAGCAGGACCUAUCAGUGCAGAAGAUAUGGCUGUCACUGGGGCAGGUGCUCGUUUACAUGCACAAGAAUCCUCAAGCCCUUCCGUGUUGUAUGAUUUUGAAGAAGUUGAAGGAGAACUGGAUUUUCAAACUCGUGUUGUUGCUUUAACAUUUUAUCCUGCUGUGCCUGGGAGAGGCCCAAUGACCCUUGGCGAGGUGGAGAUCCUUGGAGUUUCACUUCCAUGGAGGUCAAUAUUUUCACAUGAAGAGAGUGGUUCUAGUUUAAUUGAAUGGUUAAAUGGUAACUCAAAGGAAAUGAACCCUUUUCUUACUGAAGGAGAUGCCAACAGCAUAGAUGCUGCCUCAUCGAAUCAUAGAGAGGCUUCCCCAUUGCAAUCAGAAUCAUCAGCUAACUCGUUUGUGGACCUUUUGACUGGAGAAAUAGUAUUUUCUGAUGCGAUUUCUCAACCUGUUGCUCAGACUGCUGUACAUGAAAGUAGUGACUUACUUAACUUCUUCGAUGAUGUUGUCAGCCAGCCAGUUUCUCAGGGAAAUAAUAACUUGGAUGGUGUUGUCAGUCAGCCAAUUUCUCCGGCAAAUAACAACUCCAAGAUGGUUUCAUCUCAAGGACCUUCAGAUAAUGGUUCCCAAGAGUACAUCAGAUUGUUCAAACUUCUUGCAGGACCUCACUGGCAGGAAAGAAGGUUAGAUUUCAUGGAAGCUAUGAAACUUGAAAUAGAACGUCUUCGGCUGAAUCUUUCUGCUCCUGAAAGGGACAGAGCCCUCUUAUCAAUAGGCAUUGAUCCUGCCAGCAUAAAUCCAAAUAUGAUGCUCGAUGAUUCAUACAUGGGCAGAUUAUGCAGGGUGGCUAGCACCCUUGCACUACUUGGGCUGGCUGCAAAGGAAGACAAAAAUAAUGCUUCAAUUGGGCUUGGAACAUUCGAUGAAGACGCGAUUGAUUUCUGGAAUGUUGCUUCAAUUGAUGAGAGGUGUUCAGGUGGUGCGUGCCAAGUUCGUGCCGAAACUGGGCCAGCUGGUAGUGCAUCAGUGACUCCAUCGUCAACAACUUCAGGACCCUCUUUUGUCUGUUCUGGAUGUGGAAAAAAGGUUUGCAGAGUUUGUUCUGCAGGAAAAGGAGCUCUUUUGCUUGCGUCUUGUAACUCAAAGGAUAUCUCAGGCUAUAAUGGUGUAGCUAGCCAGGGAGGAUAUUCAGCUGAUGCUUCUUCAAAUCGCUCUGCAACUCUUGAUGGGAUUAUCUGUAAACGAUGCUGCAAUGAAGUUGUCCUUCAAGCAUUGCUAUUGGACUAUGUCAGGGUCUUGGUUGGCCAAAGAAGAAAAUCUAGAGCAGAUAAUGCUGCUAGGAGUGCCUUGAACGACGUGUUUGGACUGUCAUCAAGAAAUUUAUUUCCUGAAAGAGAUCAUUUUCUAAAUAUUGAAGAAAAUGCAAAGGUUUUAGGGCAGUUGACUGAUGGGAAGGAAUCACUUGCAGAGUUCCCAUUUUCCAGCUUUCUACACCCGGUCGAAACAGCAGCUGGUUCAGCGCCAUUGUUGUCCUUGGUUACUCCUUUGUAUUCCGGAUCACAAGAGUCAUAUUGGAGAGCCCCACCUAGUGCCUCAUCUGUGGAUUUUGCUAUUGUUCUCAAUGAAAUUUCUGAUGUGUAUGGUGUUGUCCUCUUGGUUAGUCCAUGUGGCUAUUCAAUGUCUGAUGCUCCUACAGUACAAAUCUGGGCUAGCAAUACGAUGAACAGGGAAGAAAGAUCAUGCACUGGGAAAUGGGAUAUCCAGUCACUUGUAACUUCUUCAUCUGAACUUUGUGGCCCAGAGAAGUCAUUUCAAGAUAGUAAAGUGCCUAGGCAUGUGAAAUUUGCCUUCAAGAGCCCAGCCCGAUGCCGUAUCAUUUGGAUAACGUUGCGUCUUGCAAGAGUUGGGUCUAAUUCUGUCAAUCUUGGAAGAGACUUCACUCUUCUGUCUAUGGAUGAAAAUCCCUUUGCAAACCCAAGUAGACGUGCCUCAUUUGGUGGUGAGUCUGGUAAUGAUCCAUGCAUUCAUGCAAGAAAGUUUCUGGUGGUUGGAAAGUCAGUUAGAGGAGAGAUAGGAGCAUCACCGCAAGGUUCUGACCAAAUGAAUGUAAGAAACUGGUUGGAGAGACCUCCACAGUUGAAUCGGUUCAAGGUUCCAGUUGAGGCUGAAAGAUUAAUUGACAAUGAUCUUGUUCUCGAACAAUAUCUAUCCCCAGCUUCACCGAUGCUGACUGGAUUUCGUCUGGAUGGUUUCAGUGCGAUAAAGCACCGUUUGAAUCAUUCACCUUCAACCGAUUUAGAUUUAGGGGGCAGGAACCGUCUUAUAGAAGAGAGACUCAUAUCUCCUGCUGUGUUGUAUAUUCAAGUAUCCGCCCUCCAGGACUCCCAUAAUAUGGUGACUGUUGCUGAGUAUCGGCUACCAGAGGUCAAGGCUGGCACACCCAUGUACUUUGAUUUCCCCAGACAGAUAAGCACUCGCCGCAUAACAUUUCGGCUGCUUGGAGAUAUCGCCGCGUUCUCGGAUGACCCAUCAGAACAAGAUGAUUCAGAAUACAAACCGUAUCCAUGGGCUGCAGGAUUGUCGUUGGCGAACAGAGUUAAGUUGUACUAUUAUGCUGAUCCUUACGAACUUGGAAAAUGGGCCAGUCUUUCAGCAGUCUGAUCAAUGCAUCAACUCCCUCUAAUGCAUCAUUUAUUAGCAAAGUGUGCACCGGAGGUGAGUUCUUGCUUAUCUCGUUUCUUUCGUAGCAUGUUGUUUGUUAGCUAGAUUGAUUCUUCAAACAGGAAGUUGAUGUUGUUUUUUCUUUUCAUUUUUGUAAAAAUUAGCCAUUUAUGAACUAUGGUCUGGUUUUUGUUCUUGAGUUGUAAUGUAAUUGUAUUAUCGAUUCAUUGGUGUUAGCUCUCCGUAUCAUUUCCAACAGAAUCAGAUGCAUUUUUUAUGUUUUGAGGGAUGAUUAUCUGUGUGUUUUGUCAAACACAUCUAUUGCUUACUUUAUCAUUAUUUUUCUUUCA